AUGGUUUCGAACCUGGAACGAACAUCUAACUUUGAACACAUAUCCAGCUCCGAAACAUUCAAAGACUUAGAUCGUGCCAUUGAUCUAUCAGAUACUGCAGUCAGGCUCAUCCCUCAAGAUCACCCAGACCGCGGUUUAUAUUUGCAAAAUUAUGCAACGAGACUUAGCUAUCGAUAUGAAUGGACCGAAUCGCCUGACGAUUUAGAUCGUAAAUUAGAAACGUUAGUUGAAGGUUGGCGUUGCGAUUCUUCUCCUCCAUCUGUUCGGAUAAACUUGGCUCGUGGGGCUGCCCAAAUUCUCGCGUUACGAGGAGAUUGGAAAGAAUCUAGCCAGUUACUCAAGGGGGCAAUUUCACUACUCCCUACCAUAAGCCCACGAUACUUGAGUCCUGCCGAUAUGCAGAGCUUACUUGCCGACCUUUCUGGCUUGGCAUCAACUGCUGCUGCGGUUGCCCUUAACGCCGGAGAAGAACCUCGAGAAGCUUUGCGUCUUCUUGAACUUGGCCGUGGUGUUAUUUCCGGAUUAUUAAUGGACAUGAGAGGAGAUAUCUCCGAUCUGAAGCUGAAGUAUCCUAAAUUGGCGGAUAAGUUCACGUUACUUCGAGAUGAGCUUGACUCGCCUGUCAAAAAUACCGCCCCUUUCUCGCCAAUGAAUGAUGAUGUGUCAUCCUGGGAAUCAAAAGUAAAGCGGCGUCGCGAAGCAACGCGAGAAUUCGACGAGAUUGUCGAAGAAAUUCGUUCCCAGCCUGAGUUUCGUAACUUUAUUCAGUUACCAGAUACAGAGGAUCUCAUGACCGCAGCGGGCUCCGGUCCUAUUAUCGUUGUUAACAUGAGUUUCUAUCGAUCUGAUGCAUUCCUCAUAAAGACUGACCGUAUUGAGACAAUAAAGUUACCACAUCUUGCAGAACCUGAGGUUAGAAGGAAGGUCGAGAAUCUAAGUCCCACCUCCGAUUUAGCUUCUUUAUUGGAAUGGCUCUGGCAGAGUGUCUGCUGUCCAUGUCUAGAUGCGUUGGGUUUCAAAGGGCCCAUCAUUGAUAACGAAUGGCCUCAUAUUUGGUGGGUUCCAACUGGGCUCCUCAGCCAGCUACCACUACAUGCGGCCGGCAUCUACACAGGCACCUCCACCGACACAGUUCUUGACAGAGUAAUAUCUUCGUACGCAUCGUCAAUCAAAGCAUUGGUACAUAAUCGGCAACAAACUCCUCAGCAUGCAACCGAAGAGUCUCAAGUUGACUCUGCUAUUUUAGUUGCAAUGCAAAACACUCCGGGCCUUUCCGGGCAUAGAAAUCUCCCGUUCGCUGCCAAGGAAGUGGAGAUACUAGGGGGCUCUGUCCAUCGCUUCAGCUUAAUGCAAUCCUGCCACAGCGAUCUAAAGAAGGCGUUCUAA